AAUCAUAAAAGCGCAAUGACUUGUAAUUUUUUGUGCCAAUACACCUAUGUGCUUCUUUGGCUUGAAACUGGCUCAGCCUCUAUGAUGGGAAAACAUAACAACAUAAACAAUAUUGGUGCUCAUAACCAUCAGCACUCAUCUUCUUCCACCACAACUUCUUCCUCCACUUCAAGCUCUUCCACCAUUACUUCUUCAGUCUCGGAUCACAAUUCAAAAUCUGCUGCUUCUUCAACUUAUGUAGCUAAAAAGGCUUCAAGAAAAGCAGAAGAUGAUGAAACCAGCUAUGAAGCUAACAAGAAACUCAAGAGUGACGACAAUGGGAGAUGUCCCAGUUACAGAGGCGUACGUAUGCGUAGUUGGGGCAAAUGGGUUUCUGAAAUUCGGGAACCAAGAAAGAAAUCGAGAAUCUGGCUUGGAACUUACCCUACUGCAGAAAUGGCAGCUCGAGCCCAUGAUGUUGCAGCUCUAGCCAUCAAAGGCCGUUCAGCUUUCCUCAAUUUUCCUGAUUUCGUCCAUCAACUUCCUCGCCCACUCACGACUUGCCCAAAAGACAUCCAAGCUGCCGCAGCCAAAGCCGCCGCCCUCACAGUUCAAGACACAACCCCUUCAUAUACUCAAACUGAAGUUCAAGGUGACGCCGAACACAGCCAACCUAAGCUUCCUCAUGUUUCUCCUUCCACUGAUAUUGAUGACGACACCUUGUUUGACCUGCCUGAUCUCUUCAUCAAUGGCUCUGAUCGAAGUGGCGGAUUUUGCAAUGACUUAUCAUCAACCUGGCAACUUUGUGCAGCCGAUACUGGGUUCCAAGUUGAGGAGCUAUUCUUGUGGGAAUAUCAGUAGAGAAUGAGAGCAAAUCUCAUUCUGACUUCUCACAUUUGGUCACUAAAACUGUCUUGCAAUCUGUAGCUAACACUAUAACAAGAUUAAACCCAGUUGGAAUCAUGUUUGGUUUGUUAAUUUUUACCUUUGCUUUAUUGAUUUGCACUCCUAUUUACAAUUAUUAGAUAUGAACAAUCAUCAGGCCGUAUAUGCACAUAAUAAAUCAUGAUCUUGUUCCAAUUA